AUGGCUGUGCUUGCCAGUCCACGACGUUCGAGCUCAGUCAGUCAAAGCUUGGGUUCAGGUUCCAUCUCCGAGUGCCUGCCAAGCACCGCCUCUUAUUCUGAGUCAGACAGGUAUCGGCCUCGCUCUAGAGGUUUGCGCUUGCGCUGGCCCUUGGAGGAAAGAGAGCAGGCCUGGGGCAGUUUGGCACCGCCUGUCUAUUCGCAGGCCUCUCGACGUUUGAGGCCAGCUUCCGCCAAAGUCCACAAGCACAAACGCACGCCUGCAGAAGCCUGGGAGAAUGAGGAAGACAUCUAUGACGACUUGGAGCCGAGCCUGGCGGGUGACCUGGAGCACUGUGCCGAAUUGGAGGAUCCCUGGAAUGCUCGUGGUCUCUUCGAGUGCUUGGAAGCGACGACUCCCAGAGGUGGCUGGAUCCAGGAGGGCAUGAUGUGA